ACCCCGCGCCACACCGGACACAGAAAAUCGCAGCCACCCCAAAUGUUAAACGGACUUCAUGAGUCGGAUCUACGAACGCGAAUCAGAGACUGCAGUUAAAAGAAAACGAAUCUUUUGAAUUUCCGCUUCCAAAAUGUUCGUUUAUAAUCGAAUAACAUCUACGUCGAUAACCGUUGGCUAACCCGUUCACUCCAUCUCGCUCUUACUCGUACCGCAACCACUUGGUCCGUCGCACUCUGUACACCGUAGGCGGUCUUUGCUUGUAUUUGUUCAGUUCGCGUGAUAAUAAGAUAAAUCGACUGAUAGUGUGGGGAACACUGUUUCAUUGUGUUUUGAAUUCGCCGAGUUUCCCUUGGAACCACGCAUUCGCCGGCCAAACGUGAUCCAAUAUUUCUUUUGCAUUUUCGUUUGUUGUAAAUAAUAUCUACUAAAACGGUUACCGGUAGCCGACAUUUAUAUAGAUACAUCGUACAUAUCUUCCAGUCGGUAUGACCUCCGGCUCAAGCGAUAAAUGCUUAACGUUUUUAUACGUUAUCAGUAUUCCAGCAUAACAUGUGGAUUUCGGUCCACGGGUACUUGAGCAAUUUACGCCGGUUCAGCAGUAUUUGACAAUUGUGAGUUUAGUGCUAAUACCAACAGUAACUGCAUCCCGAAAAUUUUACUUCAUGAUGAGUCCGAAUCAUGGUACAUUAUUAUCACAUUGUAAAUCAACAUCUUAUCUUCAGAAAAACAGUGUGAAAAGAUCAAUAUUUGCUAGUGGAACAGACUGUGAUGUAGCAAACAAUGAUAUAAGCUUUAAAAGAAAAAAAAUUGAUGUUAAUUCUCAAAUAGAUAUUAAUCAUGCUAUCCAGACCACAUCUAAUGGUUAUAUGACAAGAAAUAGAUUAAAAAAAGAAUUAACAAAAGAUAAUGAAAGUGACUUAAAUGUCAAAAAAACAAAAUCAAAAGCUGAUAUAUCAACGAAUAAUUCUAGAAAAAUAAAAAAUAAAAAAAAAUCAGCAACGACAGCUUUUAAAAGAAAAUUGGAUCUUGGUUAUGUUUUCACUUGUGAUAUUUUAUCGCAAUGUCCUGAACAUCAUCAAGCCACUCAGAAUAAAAAAAAUACACCAUCAUUAUUUGAAUCAGAUUCAGAAUCAGAAGUUGAUUAUUUUCAAAUUAAUAAUAUUAAAAAUGAAGUUGAAUCUAAGUCAAUGAGUAUUUUUGAAUCGGAAUUAAAUUGUCCAACAUUGCUCAAAAAUUCUGGUUUAAAAACUUAUUUCAACAAAAAAUCAUAUUUUAACAAAAAGCUAAAUAUAACUCCUCCAAAAGUGGUUAAAACUAACUAUAAAAUUGAAAGUUCUUCAAAUUUAUCUAAUCAAAUUAUCAAAUUUAAUGAGAACAUGGAUGAUUUGUCAGAAUUAUCAAAUCUUAAUACAAUGAACUCUAUAAAAAAAAAUAGUAAUGAUGAAGAAGCUAUGGUUGUUACUGAAGAGUUUAUUAGACAUUUGGAGCAAGAAUUCUGUAUGGAAAAUACUUACUGUAAACAAGAAAAAAGUGAAGAAAAUAAAGUAAAAUCAUACAAAUCUGAAUUAUCAUCUUCAAAUUUUAUAAAUAAUAUUGUUGGUGAUGAAUGCAGUAAAAGUUCUUCAUUAGAACAAAAUAUUGAUUUAAAUGAAUUAGUUGAUUCUAAAUCAUUAUCAUUUGAAACUUCUGGAGUUACUGAACAUAAUUUGUCAAGUAUUUUCGACAUUCCAAUAAUAAAUAAUACAUUAAUAAAAAAAGGAGCAAAUUUGAAUCUUAAUGGUAAUAAUGAAAAUUGCAUUCCUUAUCAGACUUCUAGAACUCCUAUGAAAAAUAUUGAAGUACAUAAUAUACUGUCAAAUAAUUUUGAAAAUGGAGCCUCUGAUCAAUCAAUAGAUAAUCAUUUGGUACCUGAAAAAAAAAUAUUUCAUAUUUCCCAAAUCAAUGAACUCCAAGCAUUAAAGUUAUCAAAUGUUACUACCCAUGAAAAUAAAAAUGAUGGGAAAAGGAAAUUUGAAACUCUCAUCAGUGGAACCAAAAAUGAUGAUGUGAAUUGUAUGAUUAAAAAUUCUUUAAAAAAGUCAAAAAAUGAAAAAUUUGAUUCCAUGUGUCAUUGUAAAAAUUAUUAUAGUUUUAAUAGAAAUGCCAAUAAAAUAUUGACAUCUAAAAUAAACCAUUUUGUAUUUAAUACUAAUGCAGAAAAAUAUCGUCAGAAAGUAUUACAUCAAAAGUAUUUGGAAGCUAAUAUUUUAAAAAUGCUUAUAAAUGAAGACAAUAAAAAUAUUAUUAAAUUAGAAAAACUUACACCACUAUCCAAUUCUAUUUUAAAUAAUAUGAACUAUGAAAAAAAAAUCCAUGUAAAUGAUAAUGAUCAUAUUGAGACUAAUAUUUUAAAUAUGCUUAAGGAUGUCUAUGUAGAUUUUGAAUAUGUAUCUGAAUAUUGUGAAGAUAACAAAGAUGAUACUUCAUUUGAAUUACAAUUAAUUGACAAAAAUGUCCAUACUUCUAAAAAUAAACCAAUAGAGAAUAAUAUUACUUCAAAAAAUGAACCUACUCUUACUAUUAUGCCUUAUGAAGAAAAUUAUCUGGAUUCUGGUGAAAAAAAUAAUUGUUAUAAUGAUGAUACAUCAAAUAUUACAACAGUGAAUAUGCCUCCUGUUCUUUUAACUCCUUAUGAAGAAAUUAAUGUAGAUUCUGGUGAACAAAAAAAUAGUGAAACAUUAAAUAAUACAAAACCAAUUAAAUCUGAUAAUUUCAAAUCUUGUCUUGAGAGUAAUGAAAAAUGUUCUAAAAACCAAACUAAUAAUCACGAUAAUUCAUCAAAUAUUACAACAUUGAAUAUACCUCCUGUUCAUAUAGUUCCUUAUGAAGAAAUUAAUUUAGAUUUUGGUAAACAAAAAAAUAAUUAUGAUUUUCAAAUUUCUACUACUGAACAAAAAGAGUUCAAUAAAGAUAACAUUUUCUGUGAAACAAAUUCUAAUUUAAGUAUGAAUUAUGUGAACAAUAUUGAAUAUAAUUGUAUGCAUAGUAAUACUGAUCAAACAUAUGAUAUAAAAAUUGAAGAUUUAAAGUAUAACUCAGAUAUUGAUAUCAAACCAUUCAAUUUUUGUUUGACAAAUAAUGAUCCUAUUUUAAUGAGUGAAAAUUAUGAAGAAUGUGAAAAUGUAAAACCUUUCCAAAAUAGAUCAACAAAAUGCAAUAUUAUAUCUAUUCAAACUGAAAUAACUUAUGGUGUAAAAGAAGGAGAAAAAAUCAAUUCCUUCAUCAAAUGAAAACAAUAUUCAAGAAAAUGUAU